CCUGCCUUCAGUUCUCCCCUCAAGAGCUCCUGUUCGCACACAGGACAAAUAGGCCGGCUGCAAAACAAAAUUAAGUAAUCAUGGUGAAGCGUGUUGCAGUUAUUCUGUCAGGCUGUGGAGUUUACGAUGGUACAGAAAUCCACGAGGCCUCAGCUGUGCUCAUCCAUCUGAGUCGUGCCGGAGCUAAAUUGCAGAUGUUUGCUCCAGAUGAGGAUCAAAUGCAUGUUGUUAAUCACUGUGUGGGAAAACCUACAGAGGAGAAAAGGAACAUUCUGCAGGAAAGCGCCCGUAUCGCCAGGGGCGAUGUGACGGAUCUGGCCAUGGAUGUCUCAGCAUUUGAUGCUGCCAUCAUUCCAGGAGGGUUUGGUGUUGCUAAGAAUCUGUGUGAUUGGGCUGUGAAGAACAAGAACUUCACCAUCCAGCCUCUCCUGGAGAAGCUAAUCAAGGAUUUCCAUAAAGCUGGAAAGCCUCUGGGCAUGUCCUGCAUUUCUCCUGUCCUGGCUGCAAAGCUGCUGCCUGGCUGUGAGCUCACUGUGGGGCAGGACAAAGAGUGUGAAAAGUGGCCGUAUGCUCAGACAGCUGGAGCUAUGAAGGACCUGGGCUGCAAACAUGUGAACAAAGAGGUGGAUGAAGCUCAUGUUGAUGUCAAAAACAAGCUGGUCACCACCUGUGCCUUCAUGUGCAACGCUCCCUUUCACAAGAUCUUUGAUGGAAUCGGCGUUAUGGUUCAAGAAACCCUGAAACUUGCCUAAAAAGAUUGCUACUGUGUGAUCAGUGCUAUUUAUAUUGUCUGGGAAUCCAUGACUGGUAUUUGGGAGUCACUUAAGAAACUGUCACAAAAACUGUAAAAUAGCAUUGGUGAUAUUUUUCAAAUGAAUACAAGACCUUUAAAGUUCCACAACAUAGGCAAAAGACAAGUAGCCAAUGACCAGCCUAUUCAUUGUGCUAUUUAGAGUGCAGUGGGAAAAAGGUAUUCAGCUAUACAGUCCAGUUAAAUAAACGAUAGAUGGAUUUCA